AUGACUCCUGAUUGUCCUUUAUGUGAACCUCCUUCUCCACACAGUAAUGAUGGUCAGUUUGACGUGGCUCUGUACGUCAACGUGCUGGUCUACAGUGAUGGGACAGUCAACUGGCUGCCUCCUGCUAUCUACCGCAGCAGCUGCCCUAUAGAGGUACAUUAUCAAUAAAUUAUUAUAUUAUUAUUAACCAAUAGAUUUAAUCAACCAGGGCUCGUAUUCAUAAAGCUUCUCAAAGUAGAACUGCUGAUCUAGGAUCAGGUCCCUAGAUCAGCACUCCCACUCUAAUAACCUUCUUUGCCUAUAGGUAACGUACUUCCCAUUUGACUGGCAGAACUGCACCAUGGUGUUCCGCUCCUACACCUACGACUCAUCAGAGGUGGACUUGCAAUACGCCCUGGAUGAGAAAGGAGAGGAGAUACAUGAGAUUAUCAUAGAUGAGAACGCCUUCACUGGUUAGAAUCCUCUCUCUUCUUGUCUCUUCUCUCUUCUGGCCUCUCUUUUCUUACCUCCUCUUCUUUUCCCAUCUCCCCUCUCCCCCUCAUCCCCUCAUCCCCUCUUCCCCCUUUCCCUCUCCAUAGAGAACGGGGAGUGGGCGAUCUGCCAUAAGCCCAGCAGGAAGAACGUGAACCCAGAGGACCUGUAUGAAGACAUCACCUUCUAUCUCAUCAUCGAGAGGAAGCCUCUCUUCUACGUCGUUAACAUCAUCGUGCCCUGCAUCCUCACCAUGGUCCUGGCCAUCUUUGUCUUCUAUCUACCACCUGGCGCAUGUCAGUCCCAUGCCAUACUAUGCCACAUAUGCACAUUAUGUCUCAUUGGCAUGUGUAACUUGCAUAGAGAUGGAGAGAGGGCACACUUGCCACAAAGCCUGCUUUAGCACAAAGAUAGGACUCUUUCCAUCUCUAUGAUGAAUUGAGCUGGGUAACUUGCCAUUGUUGAUUACACAGCAAGGAUGUAUCAUUAAGAAUAUAUGUUGUGCUCUGGGGAAGAUGUUAAAUGUAGUCUGUUUAUGAUGUUUUGGGGUUUAUUUCAAUUUUUUUAGAGCAGGGGUCUCAAACUGGCGGCCUGCGGUUUUUAAUGUGGCCCGCAUUUGUAAAAGAAGCAAUAUUUGUCAUUAGGUGGUUCAUAAUGUUUAAGCCCAGUCUUUAUCACUUGCCAGACAAUUACAGUAGAUCCAUAGCCGCCAUGUUUUAACCCUGUGUUUCCCUCUCUCUCCCAGGUGAGAAGAUGACCCUGUCCAUCUCUGUCCUCAUCGCUCUCACUGUGUUCAUGCUGCUGCUGGCUGACAAGGUCCCCGAGACCUCCCUGGCCAUCCCUCUUAUUGUUAACUAUGUGAUGUUCACCAUGAUCCUGGUCACCUUCUCUGUCAUCCUCAGUGUGGUGGUCCUCAACUUGCACCAUCGGACCCCCUACACACACAUUAUGCCCCCUUGGGUGCGCAAGGUGAGCUGUAGCGGUGCUAUGGACUGUGGGGUCUGUUUGAGAUAUAGACUCUAGGAUCCACAGCAUUCUUCUUCUUCAUUAUCUUUGCAAAACAUCUCUAUGCAAUUUCCUGCUUCUGCGCUGGUUCAAUGCCAAGGGGCCAUAUAUUUGCUACUUCCUGCUAAGACCUUGACCUUUGACCCCUUAUCCAGGUGUUCAUCCACUUCCUGCCGAAGUACCUGGGCAUGCAGAGGCCCCACUCAGAGGAGCCUUUGGAGGAGGAGCCUAGUGAUGACACGCCCCUCCAGAGCAUCGACGGACGCAGGCCGGGGGGAGAGUACUUCUUCAGGAAGAUCAACCCUGAACUGGUCCUACCCUGGAGAGGCAGGUAAGGUAUCAACUAACACACACACACACACACACACACACACACACACACACACACACACACACACACAUAGACCAGAGACCAGAGACCAGAGACCCAUCAGUAGAUCACAGCUAAUUCCUUUUGGUUUGAGACAGUCGUCUUGGCUACAAAGAUUUUGUGGUGAAGAGAUUCCUCUUCGACUGAAUACAAGCUAGCCAAAGCAUGAAUCUUCUUUUCAGCACUAUCCUGAGGCAAAGUAUAAAUGCCUUUUUCUCCUGUGCCAGCCUUGCUAUUAUAAUUAGGUACAUUGUAUGCCCAGGCUUGGCAGUAGUAUCAUCUUCUCUAGGCCAAUCUGCUAUAGUCUGGGAACCUUGUUCCUAUUCCUCCCAUCUCUAUACCCUCUAAUAUACUCUACUAUACUCUACACCAUCCCAAUAGUCUAGCACAGUAGGUCAUGUUCCUCCUAUAUAUUCAUAGCCUCUACUAUACUCUACUAUACUCUCCAUAGCCUCAACUGUGCUUUGCUUUACUCCACAUAGCAUCUACUCUACUACACUCUACUCUACUCUACUAUACUCUAAAUGACCUCUACUAUACUCCCCAUGGGCUCUACUAUACUACACUCUACUAUACUCUCCAUGGCCUAUACUGUACUCUCCAUGGUCUCUACUAUACUCUCCAUUGCAUCUACUAUACUCUCCAUGGCCUCUACUAUACUCGCCAUGACCUCUACAAUACUAUACUAUACUAUACUCUCAAUGGCCUCUACUAUACUAUCCAUGGGCUCUACUAUACUAUACUCUACUAUACUCUCCAUGGCCUAUACUAUACUAUCCAUGGCCUCUACUAUACUAUAAUCGACUCUCCAUGGCCUCUACUUUACUCUCCAUGGCCUCUACCAUACUCUACUAUACUAUCCAUUGUGUCUACUAUACUCUCAAUGGCCUCCACUAGACUCUGCUAUACUCUCCAUGGGCUCUACUAUACUCUCUGUGUCCUCUACUAUACUAUACUCUACUAUACUCGCCAUGGCCUCUACUCUACUAUGCUCUCCAUGGUCUAUACUAUACUAUACUAUACUCUCCGUUGCCUCUACUAUACUCUCCAUGAACUAUAUUCUCCAUGGGCUCUACUAUACUAUACUCUACUAUACUCUCUAUGGGCUCUACUAUACUAUACUAUCUAUGGCCUCUACUAUACUAUACUAUACUAUACUCUACUAUACUCUCAAUGGGCUCUACUAUACUCUCCAUAGAUAGCCUUCACAAAAUAGUUCCCACUAUACUGUCCAUCCCACUCAGUGAUGAUAUACAGUACCAGUGAAAAAUUUGGACAGACCUACUCAUUCCAGGGUUUUUCUUUAUUUUCUACAUUGUACAAUAAUAGUGAAGACAUCUAAACUAUGAAAUAACACAUAUGGAAUCAUGUUCUAACCAAAAAAGUGUUAAACAAAUCAAAAUAUAUUUUAUCUUCAAAUAGCCACCCUUUGCCUUGAUGACAGCUUUGCAAACUCUUGGCAUUCUCUCAACCAGCUUCACCUGGAAUGCUUUUCCAACAGUCUUGAAGGAGUUCCCACAUAUGCUGAGCACUUGUUGGCUGCUUUUCCUUCACUCUGCCGUUCAACUCAUCCCAAACCAUCUCAAUUGGGUUGAGGUUGGGGGAUUGUGGAGGCCAGGUCAUCUGAUGCAGCACUCCAUCACUCUCCUUCUUGGUAAAAUAGCCCUAACACAGCCUGGAGGUGCGUUGGGUCAUUGUCCUGUUGAAAAACAAAUGAUAGUCCCACUAAGCCCAAACCAGAUGUGAUGGCGUAUCGCUGCAGAAUGGUGUGGUAGCCAUGCUAGUUAAGUGUGCUAGUUAAGUGAAUUCUAAAUAAAUCACAGACAGUGUCACCAGCAAAGCACCCCCACACCAUAACACCUCCUCAUCCAUGUGUUACGGUGGGAAAUACACAUGCGUAGAUCAUCCGUUCACCCACACUGCGUCUCACAAAGACACGGCGGCUGGAACCAAAAAUCUCCAAUUUGGACUCCAGACCAAAGGACAUAUUUCCACCAGUCUAAUGUCCAUUGCUAAUGUUUCUUGGCCCAAGUAAGUCUCUUCUUCUUAUUGGUGUCCUUUAGUAGUGGUUUAUUUGCAGCAAUUCGACCAUGAAGGCCUGAUUCACACAGUCUCCUCUGAACCGUUGAUGUUGAGAUGUGUCUGUGACUUGAACUCUGUGAAGCAUUUAUUUGUGCUGCAAUUUCUGAGGCUGGUAACUCUAGUUAACUUAUCUUCUGCAGCAGAGGUAACUCUGGGUCUUCCAUUCCUGUGGCGGUCCUCAUGAGAGACAGUUUCAUCAUUGCGCUUGAUGGUUUUUGCGACUGCACUUGAAGAAACUUUCAAAGUUCUUGAAAUGUUCUGUAUUGACUGACCCUCAUGUCUUAAAGUAAUGUUGGACUGUCGUUUCUCUUUGCUUAUUUGAGCUGUUCUUGCCAUAAUAUGGACUUGGUCUUUUACAAAAUUGGGCUAUCUUCUGUAUACCCUCCCCUUCUGUAUACUCUCCUUUUUUCUGGCCACUCUUCCGUAAAGCCCAGCUCUGUGGAGUGUACGGCAUAAAGUGGUCCUAUGGACAGAUACUCCAAUCUCCACUGUGGAGCUUUGCAGCUCCUUCAGGGUUAUCUUUGGUCUCUUUGUUGCUUCUCUGAUUAAUGCCCUCUUGCCUGGUCCGUGAUCUGUACUUUCCACAACUUUGUCCCUGACCUGUUUGGAGAGCUCCUUGGUCUUCAUGGUGUCGCUUGCUUGGUGGUGCCCCUUGCUUAGUGGUGUUACAGACUCUGGGGCCUUUCAGAACAGGUGUAUCAUGUGACAGAUCAUGUGACACUUAGAUUGCACACUUUUCCAUUUAUUUAUUUUUUAGAUUUUUCAUUUCACUUCACCAAUUUGGACAUUACAUUAAAUUCAAAUAAAAAUCCAUUGAAAUUACAGGUUGUAAUGCAACAAUAUAGGAAAAACACCAAGGGGGGUGAAUACUUUUUCAAGGCACUGUAUCUGACAGUUUCAUUUGGCCCCUCAGUAAUCUGUGAGUGCCACCCUAGUCUCCCCACCCAGAGUGGGGCUCGUAAACACCCAGAGACCCAUGGAUCUCCAGGCCUGGUGGGCACUACUCAUCCCAGGCCAAAGUCAUCAUAUUCAGGCCUGCUAAGGCCGGCUAAGCCUCAGACCCCCAUCCACAGUCGCCAGGGCAUAAGCCUCUGUUUAGUUUGGGCAUUAGGGGUAAUCCCGAAAGAGGGGGAUGGGGCAGAGGGUUGGAGGGAGGGGAGAGAGGGUGGCUGGUGGAUGAGUGUGGAGUAUAGGGAGAGGUGUUGAGUGAUCAAUGUAGAGGAGGAUUUUGUGGGUUUUGAUAUAGAGCGAGGGAUGGAGGGAUGGGGUGGUUACUCUAUCUAUAAGAUGGCUCUGCUUCAAGGCGAAUGGGGACGAUGGCGCCAGUGUCAACUCAACUGUUCCCUCGGAGUGUGUAGUGAUUCAACGCUCUCUCUCUGCUGUCACAGAGCUAGUUAGAGACCAGGUGUUGCCCUUCACACUGAGUUUACGUGUGUGUGUGUGUGUGUGUGUGUGUGUUUGUGUCUUCACAGCUCAGGGCCUAGCUAUGCUCUGUCCUGCCUGUUGCGUGCCAGCAGCAUUCCAGGGCUUCUAUUCAUUACCACAGACAGAUGGAGCCGACCUCGCUGUGUCACACACACACUCACAUACAGUAUAGUUCACAAACACACACCACACACACACACACACACACACACACACAUACACACACUUAGAGAGUAGAUUAAUGCAGGCACACAUACUCAUGAACACAUACAUUGCGCACACACUCACACCAUCUUACACACACUCCCACACACACACACACACACACACACACACACACACACACUAUGUCACGUAGCCUCUGUGGUGCCAGAAGGUUAUAAUGUCCUGGUGCCAGUCUGGCCUCCCUGAAGAGGUGAUAACUGAUACUGAAUGGCCCUGGGCCUGGCUAAUGAACAGACACAUCUCUCGUCGGCUGUGUGACUAUAUAACAGUGCCAAAGAAAGAACGUCAUGUGAACUAGACACAGUGGAGGCUGGUGAGGAGUGGACGGCUCAUAGUAAUUGGUGGACUAGAAUGAAUGAGCCCGUCCCCGGCAAAGUUCCACCAGCCACCACUGACAUGACAUGUGCCUAAGGUUGCAAAAUAAAUUCCCUGGUUUUCCUGAAAUCCUGGUUGGAAGAUUCCCCGAAUAAAACCAGGAUUUCUUGAAAACCAGUUAUACAGAUAAUUAUCUUAGACCAACUGUACAUGAAUGGUGUAGUACCUAUAUAUUCAGAGACCAUCACUGGUCUGGGGCUUAAAGACAGUGAUACUGAAUUAGUGAUAUAUUAAUAGACUAGCCUGUUAUGUAAGUGUUACAGGCAUCUUGGAGUGACAGGAGUGAGAGGGGGAGACCUAAGAGAGGGGACCGUGAGAGGGGACAGAAGACUUGAAGUGAGAGGAGGCGGAGGACAGGGGUGCGUGGCAGUCACCCGUUAACACCCUGUUUGUGGAGCAGGUUGACCCAACAUAGUGGUGUUUCUACUAUAGGGUGGCAGGUCUGUAGGGUGCUAUGUAUGGAUGUGCAUGAUGUAAGCUAUUUAAAGGUGUCACGCCCUGGCUCUGGGGACUCUUUAAUGUUGAGCCAGGGUGUUAGUUCCUAUGUUUAGUUGUUCUAUGUGUUUAUUCUAGAUCGUUAGAUCUAGUUGGCCAGGUGGUUUCCGAUCAGAGGCAGCGUUGCUCGUUGUUCUCUGAUUGGGAUCCAUAACUUAGCAUCCUGUUUUGCACAUUAUUGUGGGAUCUUGUUCUGUAUAGGGUUGGUGUUGUAACCUUUAGACUUCACGUAUUGUUUGGUUGUGGUGGUAUACUCAUUAAAUUGUUAGCCUAUCACGAGCUGCGCCUUGGUCCGCUUCUUACGACGAUCGUGACAAAAGGACAUAUAUUAGGGUGUAUAUUACAUUACUUCUGCUGUGUUGAUGCCUGGGCCACAGUGUUGGGCCUUGUGUCGGAUGUGUGAAGGGUCAGGUCACUGUGAUAAUCCUUACAGGAAACGUGUGUCCUUGACAGAGGUGCUUUAUCUUUCAAUAUCAAUCAAAAUAUUGCUCACAUCCUUUGUCAACCAACGAGAUAUAGUUUCACAUGUUCUAUUUCAAAUGUGUUCAUAGUCUGUUCUCUAUGUGAAUUGGUUUAUGUUCUGGUGUGGUUUGUACACUUUGCAUGGUUGGACAAUGUAGUGUAGUGUAGCGUUUAUAUCAAAUAAUUAUUACUUAAAUGCUAUAGCAGUAAAUAAUAGCCAUCUUUGAAAUACCGUAGUUUCCCACGUUACAGUCAGUCGUAGCCAGUGGUAGUCAGUCGUAGUCAGUGUUAGCCAGUGUUAGCCAGUGGUAGUCAGUCGUAGCCAGUGGUAGUCAGUGCCUCUGUCAAGCCCUCACGUAAAGAUAUAUCCUAGCGUAAAGUAGUGUUCAGGAUGGAUUCUCUGACAACAAUGCUGCUAUGGAACAGCUGUGUAAGGCAGGAAUACCUUUAGGGGUCAGAGGUCAAACCAGCACCACAAUACGUUGCCCCAUUGUUGUCCCAACAUUACCUCUGUGUCAGGAGUGUCACUGUCACUCAGAGAACUGGGGGGGGGGGGGGGGACACAAGGACACAUGCCACAACAGACACACUGGUAUGUGUAGAGAAGACUAAUGAAGUUGAUUUGACACAUAGGUAACGUCCUCUGGAAACCUCAAUGAUAAAAGACAGACAGAAAUAUGAGACUUCUGACUUACCCAUGAUUAACUACAUUUGUUGUUAGCGUUUGCUUAUUUGUUUGUUUAUUUUAUUUAUUUUGUAUUUAUUUAUUUUUUAUUUGUGUGUGUUUGCUUUUCUUCUCAAGUUCAUACACUGUUGUGCUCUCUCUCUCUCUUCCUCUCUCUCCCCUCUCUCUCUCUAUCUCUCCUCCUUUCCACACACCCCUCCCUCCCUCUCCCUCUCUCUCUCUCUCUCCCACUCUCCCCCUCUCAGGAGUGAGAGUACAGUGCAGCUCCAGAGGUUCUUUGACAGUGACAACUACUGUCUGAUCCUCCCCCCGGACCUCAAGUCAGCCAUCGCUGCUGUCACAUACAUGGCUGAGCAGCUGAAGAAGCAGGACAGCACCGACUCGGUGAGAUACACACACACACACACAGACACACACACACACACACAGACAGACAGACACACAGACACACAGACACACACACACACAGUGUUCCCAGCAUGCCCUGGUGAUGUCCAUGUGUCACUGCGGACAUACUGCGCUUCAUUCUUCAUCACUUACAUACUUUCGUGUCUCUCUAUCUCUUUGUGUGUGCGCACGUCCCUCUGUUUGUGUGUGUGUCUGUGUGUAUUCCCCCCUAUAGGAGACAGGAGACUGGCAGUACAUAGCCAUCGUGGUAGACAGGCUGUUCCUGUGGCUGUUUGUCAUCAUCACUACUCUGGGGACUCUGGCCAUGUUCAUGGACGCCAGACUCAACUACACCCCAGACGAACCCUUCCCCCUGAGGCCGUAG